AUGGAAUCAGCCAAUACACCGACUGAAUUAUCAGCUGGUGUAUUGGAAGAUGACCGUUUGAAGAUUACUGAUUUAUAUCCAAUCAUUUUAGUUCCAAUGUCAUUGAACGCACAUAAAGGCACGUUAAAUUCUUCAAGCCCUCCAAAAAAACUAAAAGUGAACCUACAUAACGAAACCAGUGUCCUCGUCACCUGGGAACCUCCAGAAAAACCCAACGGCAUCAUUAAGAAUUACAAAGUAUAUUACGACCUCUGGAACAACUCAACCUUCCACAAAUCAUUCAACUGGAAGUUCGUCAGCACCAGCGCCAGCACCCACUCAACAGUUCUCCACCACCUCCUCGCCAACUCCACCUACAUCAUCAAAAUCCUGGCCUCUAACAGUCUGGGGGAUGGUCUGUUAUCAGAUAGCGUCAAGAUUUUUGUCGGCAGUAAAACAGGUUGA